GGUUUGGUUAGUUGCUAAUAGAUUAGCUUUUACAAGGAAAUAUUUACUUUAGUGGUGUAAUAACAAGUAUAUAAACAGUUUAGCCUAGUUCCUAUAGAACAUAAUCCUAAUUUCCAAGUGCCUUUGGCUUGAGUCUGGGCACCCUAGCUUUUCCAAGCUUCCCUACUAGGCUGGCUGCCUGCAAAACCUCCCUUGGAAUCUUGGCUCAGAGGUCACUAGCUCACACUCCCCAUCCAGUGAGUAUCCUUGCCUACACUUCAAACUGAGAAGGUCAAACGAAGCAGAAAAAGACUCACACCCCAACCAUGAGGUCUAAAGUAACUACCAAAUCUGACACAAAACACCGACACAAACCACAUCAAAUCAUCAGUGUUUGCCUAUUUGCCCGGAUAUAAUUAGGGGAAGAUCCAUUUUGACUGGAGGCUGUUUAAAAGUUGACGGUCCUUUGUGGUGCUGUCACCUCUCAACCCCCGGGGCAUCCAAGAUUCUCCGUGAAGAUGGAGCUGGCAGUACUUUGGACGAUUUCUGCUAAAAGAUAAGGAAAACUACUGAACUGAGGUUCUGAAGGAUGGGUAAAGACUUCCGGUAUUAUUUCCAGCAUCCAUGGUCUCGAUUGAUUGUGGCUUAUCUGGUGAUCUUCUUUAACUUCUUAAUAUUUGCCGAGGAUCCUGUCUCUCAUAGUCAAACAGAGGCCAAUGUUAUUGUUGUUGGAAACUGUGUUUCAUUUGUAACCAAUAAAUACCCUAGAGGAGGAGGCUGGAAGCUCUUAAAAGUGCUUCUAUGGCUACUUGGAAUUCUCAUUGGAUUAAUAGCUGGCAAAUUCCUGUUCCAUCAGCGUUUGUUUGGUCAGUUGCUUCGUUUGAAAAUGUUUCGAAAGGAUCAUGGUUCUUGGAUGACAAUGUUCUUCAGCACCAUUCUCUUCCUCUUCAUAUUUUCCCAUAUAUAUAAUAUGAUUCUCCUCAUGGAAGGAAAUAUGGGAGCAUAUAUUAUUACAGACUUCAUGGGCAUCAGAAAUGAAAGUUUUAUGAAACUAGCUGCUGUAGGAACCUGGAUGGGAGACUUUGUUACAGCUUGGAUGGUCACUGAUAUGAUGCUUCAGGACAAACCAUAUCCUGAUUGGGGAAAAUCAGCGAGAGCUUUCUGGAAAAGAGGAAAUAUCAGAAUAAUUUUAUUCUGGACAGUUCUUUUCACUUUGACCUCUGUCGUUGUGCUUGUCAUCACCACUGAUUGGAUCAGCUGGGACAAGUUGAAUCGUGGAUUUCUGCCCAGUGAUGAAGUCUCUAGAGCCUUCUUGGCUUCCUUCAUCCUAGUCUUUGAUCUUCUUAUUGUCAUGCAGGAUUGGGAAUUCCCACAUUUCAUGGGGGAUGUUGAUGUAAAUCUUCCUGGAUUACAUACACCUCAUAUGCAGUUCCAGAUUCCUUUGUUACAGAUGAUCUUUAAGAAGGAAUAUCGAAUCCAUAUAACAGGUAAAUGGUUUAACUAUGGCAUCAUUUUCCUUGUCCUGAUUUUGGACCUUAAUAUGUGGAAGAACCAAAUAUUUUAUAAGCCACAUGAGUAUGGACAGUAUAUUGGCCCUGGACAGAAGAUUUAUACAGUGGAAGAUGAAGAAAGCUUAAAGGAUUUGAAUAGAACCAAGCUAUCUUGGGAAUGGAGAUCUAAUAACACUAACCCUCGGACUAAUAGAACCUAUGCAGAGGGAGAUAUGUUCUUGCAUAGCAGAUACAUAGGAGCAAGUCUCGAUGUCAAAUGUCUGGCUUUUGUUCCAAGCUUGAUAGCUUUUGUGUGGUUUGGCUUUUUCAUCUGGUUCUUUGGGAGAUUUUUGAAAAGUGAACAAGGCAUGGAGAACCAAGAUAAAAGUUACACACGAAUGAAAAGGAAAUCACCUUCAGAACAAAGCAAAGAUAUGGGAAUGACUCGAGAAAAUACCCAAGCCUCAGUUGAGUGUCCCUUGAAUAAUUCCCCUUUAGUGUACAUCAAGUCAGAUUUCAAUGAAAUUAUCUACAAUUCUUCCAGCUUGACUUCAGAAAACUUGAACUUGCACUUGAAUGACCCAUGUGGCACAACAGAACCAAACCCAGAACCUGUAAUGACUGAAUGUACACCCACAAACUCAAUCCAGUGAUGACACCCUAUCCCAGAAGGCAAAGAAAUGCACACAAGAAUAUACCUUUAAGGCUCACUCUGUCCUUUUGUACAUAAGGUUUAUGUAGCAUUAGAUGGAGAAAUAUAACCUAGGCCAAAAAGGUGCUCAACAUGCUCUUUCUAGAACUCAUUAUUUUCUAUUUGUAUUAUGAUAAUGUGCCUCCUAUGUAUCCAACAGUCCUCUAGAGAUUGCUUCUCACAAUUGCACAAGCUAAUUAUUGCCAUGUUGACUUUACAGAGUAGUAAACUACUAGGUGAUUAUUCAAAAGUGUAAAGUUCUACCAUAGUGGUGCCUUGAGACGUCAAACUGUUUUUGACUGUCAGUUAGUCAACAAGCAUACAUUAAGUGCCUACUGUGUUCCAGGCACUGUGCUAAGCACCGGAGAUGCAAAGAUAAGUAAAAAACAGCAACAACAACAAAUAGUCUCUGCUGUCAAGGAGCUCACAGUCCAAUGGAGGAGACAACAUGCAAACAAUUGUACAAACAAAUAUACAGGACAAAUUAAGAGUUAAUUAACAAAAGGAAGUCACUAAAGGAUUGAAGAGGAUCAGGAAGGCUCUUUAUAGGAGGUGGGAUGUUAGCUGGGACUUGAAGGACACCAAAAAGUCAGGAGAUGGAGAUGAGGGGAGGUAAUUCUGGGCAUGGAGAACAGCCAGUGAAAGUGCUUGGAGCUGGGUGAAAUGGAAGGUUAUAGCAAAGAAGCCAUUGUCACUUUUUCUCAGAAUAUGUGGGAUCAGUAAAGUAGGAAGGGUCCAAGUUGAUUUUGAAUGCCCAACAGGGGAUUUUAUACUCAAUCCUGGAAUCAAUAAGGAUCAAUAGGAGUUUGUUGACUAGGAGUGAUGUGAUUACACCCAUACUUUUUUGACAGCCAAGUGAGAGCAUGGACUGGGAUAGGGAGAAACUUGAGGCAGGGAGACAAACCCAAAGGCUAUUGCAAUACUUUAAAAAUACGGUAAAUAGAACUCAGAGAGGUGUAAGUAUCAAAGACAAUAAAGGUAUAUAGGAAGAUAAGAAACAUGUUGUGAAGGUAAUAUUGACAGGACUUGGCAACAGAUUGGAUAUGGGAAGUGAAACAGAAUGAAAAGUUAAGCCUCAUACCUAGGUUUUGAGCUUGGGUAACUGGGAGGAUGGUGGUAUCCUUCUCAGUAGUAGUAAAGAUGGGAAGGGGGAGCAGCAGAGGAAGAAUAUAUUGAGUUCAGUUUUGAAUAUAUUGCAUUUAAGAUGUAUGUGAGUCAUCCAAUUUCGGAUACCCAAUGAAGUAUAGAAUAGUUCUAUUUUUUUCCUUAAUAAAAUUUUUUUGACCAGCAUUAGAGAUCUGAUCAGGAAACUGAUGUAGUCAAAUGUCAUAAUAAUGGUUUCUGGGGCUAUUAUUUCAAAUAGAUAUCUUUGUUACCUACUCAACUCCACACAGUAGGUAGCUUUAAUAGUUGGACUGCAGAAAAGCAUGAUUUUAAUUUUUAUUGGCAGACCGCCAAACAAAACAUAGAUAUAAAAGCUAAUAAAUAUUAACCCAACAAAGGUCACUUCGUAUGAGAAUGACUUUCUCCAUUCAUUCAUUGUAAUUAGAUAUAAUACCUAAUUUUGGUUUUGAUAAUGAAAGGUAAAUUGCUACUUGGUAUAGUUUUAUCACUUAUGUAUAACUACAGUGCCAAGGAAAAGAAGUUCCAAUUGUACAACCCACAACGUGUGUUUUUAAAAAACCCCACAAACAAACCAUGUUAUUUCCUGUUUGUGAAAACAGACGACAACCCUGAGAUAACAAAGUCCUCCAAAAAUCAUGCAAUAAAAGAUUGUAUAGGAGAGAGAGAGAGACAGAGACAGAGACUGGAAGAAACAAAGGGUUAAUGACUUUUCCUGUCUUUUAAAAUUUUUCUUUUGAAAAUAAAACUUUGCACAUGAAUAAAUAAAUUCCCAUGAAUGAC